CGCACUCUUUAGUUCAUCAGCUCAAAUCCGCAGAAUUUCCUCCGAAGUAAGAAUGGCAGCGGAAAUGGCUCUCGUGAAACCCGUUUCCAAAUUCAGCAGUGUUACUCCCAAAUUCGGGAAGCCAAGAAUGGGUUCAUACGCCAAGUUCAGCAUCGUAAGAAUGUCUGCCUCCUCCACCGCCACACCCACAAAGCCGAGCAAGAAAGGCAAUAAAACUGCUAUCAAGGAGACCCUUUUGACGCCAAGGUUUUACACCACAGAUUUUGAUGAGAUGGAGAGACUUUUCAACGCUGAGAUUAACAAGAACUUGAACCAGAAUGAGUUUGAAGCUCUGCUUCAGGAGUUUAAGACUGACUACAACCAGACACAUUUUGUGAGGAACAAGGAGUUCAAGGAGGCUGCUGAUAAAAUCGAAGGCCCUCUCCGGCAAAUCUUCGUGGAGUUCCUUGAGAGGUCUUGCACUGCUGAAUUCUCUGGAUUCCUUCUCUACAAAGAGCUCGGAAGGAGGCUCAAGAAAACCAAUCCAGUGGUUGCUGAGAUUUUCUCUCUCAUGUCAAGGGAUGAAGCAAGGCAUGCUGGGUUUCUGAACAAGGGUUUAUCAGAUUUCAAUUUGGCGCUGGACUUGGGUUUCCUGACAAAGGCUAGAAAGUACACUUUUUUCAAGCCAAAGUUUAUCUUCUAUGCAACAUACUUGUCUGAGAAAAUUGGAUACUGGAGAUACAUAACCAUAUACAGACACCUCAAGGCCAACCCUGAGUACCAAUGUUAUCCCAUUUUCAAGUACUUCGAGAACUGGUGCCAGGAUGAGAAUAGACAUGGAGACUUUUUCUCUGCUUUGAUGAAAGCUCAGCCACAAUUUCUCAAUGACUGGAAGGCAAAGUUGUGGGCCCGUUUCUUCUGCUUAUCGGUCUAUGUCACGAUGUAUCUCAAUGAUUGCCAACGCACAGCUUUCUAUGAAGGCAUUGGGUUGAAUACCAAAGAAUUUGACAUGCAUGUCAUCAUUGAAACAAACCGCACGACAGCUAGAAUUUUCCCAGCAGUUCUGGAUGUGGAGAACCCAGAGUUCAAGCGGAAGUUGGAUAGAAUGGUGGAGAUAAACCAGAAGCUUAUUGCUGUCGGUGAAAGUGAUGACAUUCCCUUGGUGAAGAACUUAAAGAGGAUCCCACUAAUUGCAGGCCUGGCAUCUGAGCUCUUGGCUACAUAUUUAAUGCCACCAAUAGAGUCCGGAUCUGUAGAUUUUGCAGAGUUUGAACCACAGCUUGUGUACUGAGUUCAGAUGACUCCACUACAAGUUGCAGCACCGAGAGAGUUAACAGACUGUCAACAUCAAGCCUAACCCAUCCUUCCUUCGGAGGACGCCAUUUAAACUCGGAUCUGAGUCUGUUGUUAUUCAAAAUAUCCACUCUUGAUAGAAGCCACAUAUCAUUUAUGAUUUGUUGGCUACAAGAGAAAGCUAUAUCUUUGUCUUGAUUGUCAUCUUCAGAAUAUGAUCUCUUGCAUCUCGCUUUCCAUAUGUUCUAACAGACAUGAGCAAAGAGCUUCUGCCAAUUAAUUUUUCUUGUGCUAGUA